AUGUAUGGUCUUAAAGAGAGAAGAUACUGAAAUUAAUUUGCCCAUUUGGAUAUGGCUUGGAGGCAAAUCCUGACGUGGAGUAGAAGAUUGUCCUCAGUCCCAGCGCAUUCAGAUCCUCUAUCUGGGAUUGCAAAAUUCUCAUCCAAAUCCGGCCGUUAUCUUGUGAAAGUUGGGAUACCAGAGUUCUUGAGUGGGGUGGGGAAAGGAUUGGAGAAGCAUGCGGAGAAGCUGGAAUCUGAGAUUGGAGGCUUGGAGAAGCUUCUAGUGACUCGGACUAUUAAGCUCAAAAGGCUUGGAAUCCCUUGCCAAGAUAGAAAGCUGAUACUAAAGUACACCCACAAGUACAGGCUUGGUCUGUGGAGGCCUAGAGCUUAGGCCCUGAAAUCUUGAUGAAUCAUUGCCAUGCAAUUUGGAUUCCGCUGGAGAGUGGUCAGCCGCUUACACCUACAUGAUGUAGUUUUUGUAUUCUGAAACUCUCUUAGGGUUUAGGAUUCAGGUUUUCCAGGGUUUACAACUCUACUGGGAAGUGAACAUCUGUUUGCUAAUGGACGCCUACUGGACUUGAUCGUGGUAUUCUGGGAAGUGAACAUCUGUUUGCUAAUGGACGCCUACUGGACUUGAUCGUGGUAUUCUGGAACUAACGCUGCAUUCUGAGUCGUUUCUGAAUUAUCAAUAACACCAGACUUUUGAACAUAUUAACAUCGUUUGCCUUUCUGGUUUCCUUUUUGGCUGUUUUCAUCUUUAAUAGAAAGAUUAUUUUGAAUUUUUUCAUCACAGCGUAUAGUGAGAAAUUUAUGUUUCA